AUGCUUCCCACGCUUGCUAGGCGCAUGGCCGAAACAGCCGCCCGCCGCUUCGACGUCUUCAGCAACCCGUACCGCGCGAAAAAAGUCUGGCCUCCCGACUUCACCGGCCUCUCCCCUCAAGCGCAGCUCCGGUUCGAGAAGAAGUACAAGAGACGACUGGCAUUGGUGUACGCGCGACCGAGAUGGGAUAAAGCAAUCAAGCUGAUUCAGCUUGCGACCGUCACUGGUUUCCUCGGCUGGACAAUCUUCUUCUCCGAGUACGAGUUCUGGGGCAAGCAAUACCGCCCUUCUGAAGAGAUCCGAAAGCACUUCCGCAAUCUCUUCGGCACCAUCGACGCCGAGAAGCGAUACGAGCGUCGCAAAGACGCGCCCGAGCCGUCCUCCGCCGAGUCCCCCAAAUAA